GACCAAAUGACGUGAGGGCACCCACUGCGAUUUUCAGCGACAGUCUUGAGUUGGUAUUCUGCAACUGUUCGUCUUGAAGUAUCGUAUCGGCUCGGCUGGUAUCUCUUGUUCUCGUACUUCAGCCUUCUUCAAGCUCAGCCAGCAUAAGAAAGAUGCGUUUCGCAAUUGCCCUGUCAUUGGUGGCUCUGGCAAGCGAGGUGCUUGGCCAGAUCACGCUCACUCCGACCACCAUCACCCGCACCAUCAAGACCACGGAAUCCCCUGCCAAGACAGUGACAGUCACAAAGUCGAUAACCUUGACCGAGACUGAGACCGAAACCGAGACGACGACGACGACGACGACGGCCAGCUACAUCCAACAGGAGACAGUCACCGCCACUCUCCCUGCAACCACAGUCACGCAAAGCACGACCGUGAGCACAACCGUGAGCACGACCGUGAUCCAAACGCAGACCAGCACAGCUCCCGCAUCCACAGUCACGCGAAGCACGACAGUUGUCAGCACCAGCAUCAGCGCCACGACCGUUCGGCAAACGACGACGGCUACCGUUACGUCCGUCUCUGUCUCAACAAAGCCGUGUGGUGUAUCGGCCAGCUGCCCAACAAUCACGUCAACUGCUACGGCCUGCCGAUCAUGCUUUGUGCCCCAGUGCACAACUACCUCUGUUCUGACGCGGCCCUGCGGCUGCACUGGAGCCCUCCCGACACAGGUUGUCAGCUUCCCUUGCAGCAACCCAGACGCAUGCGACUUGAUUGGAUGCACCACUGCGUAUGCCGUACAGACCGCUGCUUGCUAAACCUCGAACGGCCAGGCUUGGCACUGGAAAAGAGCAGAUCACUGAUG